AUGUAUGCUGGUCGAGACUUUGCCAAGAAAGAGACACUGCAGCAAACAGGAGAUGUCGUCAUUCCCAUUGUUGAUAUUAUGAUGCACCAGAGAGGGCGGGGUAUGUUUGAAUUUCUCUGGGAUGAGUACACUUGGAAUGGCAAGAGCCUGGGGCUCGGGCAUGAAGUACAUCACGAAUGCAGCGCAGCUUCCCCUGGCUUUGGGGCAGCUGUGAACUGUUUCUUGGAUCUGGUGAAUGUAGAUGAAGGCGAUCCCAAGAAUACAGUACCCAGUGGUUUGCAUCGGUCCAAGGAUCCUGGGGUGGGGGCAUUUUCCACGUACCAUGACCGCCAGGCAACUGCCAAGGUGAAAAUUAAGGCAGGACAAGAACUGUUUGCAAACUAUGGUCAGCACUGGUUUGAGCUUCGACCUGAACUAGGUCCCAUCCCACUUCGGCAUGGCCUCAUGGAGUCUACAGAUUUCUAUAGGAGGUUUCAAGUGUUGCGUGGGAGACACCAACUUGUAAAUCGCGAGGUAUUUGAGGAGCUUUGGGACGAAUUUGUGCAGCAUUGUGUUUGGAAAGAGUCUCGAAUAUUGGGAGCAUUCUCCAAUACAGUAUCAGAACGGGCACUGCUGGAAAAGAACAUGACACUCAAAAAGAUCCGUGUCAUGGAAAGCAUGCAAACAACGGGAUGGCUGCAUGAACAUGGGACCUGUGCAGACCAUAUUCGGGAAGGUGUUUCCACUAUCAAACAGGCAGGAAGGGGUGCAUUUGCUACUCGUGAUUUGCCCAAGGGAACAGUCGUUUCAGCAUUGCCCUUGAUUCCAAUCAUCAACAAGAGUGUGCUGGAAAUGUAUGACUUGGAAGACAUCAACACCAAGAGACUCGGAGACAGGAGAAGAGUUGGCUAUCAACUUCUUAUGAACUACUGCUAUGGACAUCAGAACUCAACAAUGCUGCUAUGCCCAUAUUCACCACUGGCAAACAUGGUGAAUCACAAUCAGACAAGGGCGAAUGUUAAGCUCGUCUGGGGUGAUCCUGAGAGAGGGGAGCAUGAGCCCAAUCUUCUGACAAAAACAAUCAACAGCUUUGCCGAUGCCAGCACAUCCAAGUUGGCCAUGGAACUUGUUGCUAUCCAGGAUAUAGAGAAGGAUGAGGAAAUCUUUCUGGACUAUGGUGAUGCCUGGGAAAGGGCUUGGCAAGAGCACGUGGAAGGUUGGAACAUUGUGGGGGCAGAAGAUUAUGUGUCUGCAUUCAUGUUGAAUCAAGAAGAGAGCACCACCUUUGUCCGGACAGAUUUUGAGCAACUGCACAACCCAUACCCUGACAACAUCAAGGUUGAAUGUGACUCCAACAUCUGGAAACGAAUAAAUCAGACUCUCUUCAAUACAGCCCAUGUAGUCAGAAUCACUCGCCCAAACUCCUAUGAAUUCUGGCCAUGUGAUGUGCUCCGACGCAGAGAUGUUAACGGCACAACUCUUUAUACAGUCAGCCUGGACCGUCCACCAAAAGAAAAGGAAAAGAAUGAUAUCAUGAGAGGAGAAAAGUCCAUUUCAAAGAGGAUCAAACUAUCUGACAUACCCAGGAUGGCUAUUCGCUUCUCAGAUCGGCCCUACACCACAGACAUGUUUCUAGAGGAGGCCUUUCGGCACUACAUUGUCAUCCCUGACAGCAUGUUCCCCUCUGCAUGGAUGAACUCUUCCCCAGUCUAA